AUGGAAACAAGCAUUUCGCUAGGAGGGGAAAGAAUUCACACGGCGGUGGUCAUGUUUGUUUUACUGGGAAUCACAGAUGAAAAAGAGUUGCAGGUCAUUCUCUUUCCAGUCUUCCUAGGAAUUUAUCUUGUGACCUUAUUCUGGAACCUGAGUCUUGUCAUACUUAUCAGGAUGGACUCUCAACUCCAUACACCCAUGUACUUUUUUCUCAGUGUCUUGUCAUCCAUAGAUGUCUGUUACUCUUCUUCCAUUAGUCCAAGGAUGCUUUCAGAUUUCUUCAAGGAUGAAAAAACAAUUUCUUUCAUUUCCUGUGCUACCCAGUAUUUCGCUGCAUCUUGGAUGGGUCAGACUGAGUGUUGCCUCUUGGCUGCCAUGGCCAUUGACAGAUAUAUGGCUAUUGGGAAACCCCUACAGUACUCAGCCAUCAUGACGCCUGGUCUUUGUCAGAGGAUGGUUACUGGGGCCAUUGGAACUGGCUUCAUCUGUAGCUUGAUAGAAACAAUUCCUGCCUUUCAGAUGCAUUACUGUGGGCCAAAUGUCAUCCAGCACUUCUUCUGUAACAUAUCUAAAAUUAUUAUCUUGUCCUGCUCUAGCUCCUUCAUCACACAAAUGAUUCUCUUUUUAGCAAUUUUAUUUGUUGGCUUUGGUUCUUUCCUUGUCAUCCUGUUAUCCUAUGGUUUCAUAACAGUUUCCAUCCUGAAAAUGUCCUCCCUCAAAGGUAGUCUCAAGGCCUUCAAUACCUGUGCUUCCCAUUUGACAGUUGUAAUACUUUAUUAUGUCCCAGUCUUCUUUGUUUAUAUGCAUCCUCAUUCUCGAUAUUCUGAAAAACAAGACAAAGUGCUGUCAAUAUUCUAUAUUAUCAUGACCCCCAUGCUAAACCCUCUUAUAUAUAGUCUGAGGAACAAGGAAAUCAAAGAAGCACUCAAGAGAAUAUUAAAGAGGACUGCACAUUUUCCUCAGUGA